UCUCUUUCACUGCUUGGACCUGCGCCAGCAAGCGAUGCGAUUGAUCAAAAUAAAGGAAUUCCUGGCCAGGCAUAGGCAAGUUCUACAACAAGCCGAUGUCGAUACUCAAACCCAGAUUUUCACGAAUUGUGAUGAUACCACAACAAAGUAUUGCAUAUUAUCACAUCGGUGGAUUGCUGGGCACGAAGUCGACUAUGUGCAGAUGAUGAACCUCGCCAAAUUGGAUGACGCGUUCGAAAUACUGAACCUGCAUGGUUACCAAAAGAUCCUCAAGGCUUGCGAUGUGGCAGACGGUCACUUCGAAUAUCUAUGGGCUGAUACGUGCUGCAUUGAUAAGCGGAACAGCUCGGAACUGUCUGAAGCGAUCAAUUCCAUGUUUCGUUGGUACAAGAACUCAACGCAAUGCUACACUUACCUUCACGAUACUUCUGACUUUCCCACCCAAGCUGACUCUGCGACUUUUACCAAUUCUAAUGGCUGGCCAGAGUGGUUCUCACGGGGAUGGACACUGCAGGAGUUGAUAGCUCCAGCCGAACUCCACUUCUUUAACAGGGACUGGAAAGAAAUCGGUGAUAAACGAAACAGGGCCACCGAGUUGGAGAAGAUCACAGGAGUUCCGGCACGUGUCUUGAUGGAUGGAUUAUCUUCCUACAGUCCCAGCUUUGCCGAGGUCAUGUCCUGGGCUGCUGAGAGGAGGACAACGCUCGCCGAAGACGAAGCAUACUCGCUAAUAGGUUUGUUGGGUGUCCACAUGCCAAUGUUAUAUGGAGAGGGGAAGAAGGCGUUUCAACGUCUGCAACUCGAGUUCAUGCGGAUGUCGAAUGACCAGAGCGUCUUUGCCUGGAGGGCCAAUAAGGCUGGGGGUACCGGGGCAGAGGAGAGUUCUGACGGUGGGAGCACCAAAGAAGAGAUGGGUUGGACCAGUAGCGUCUUAGCUGACGGUCCCAUCGCCUUCAGAGGAUGCCACGACAUUAUUCAAAUGGAGCCGAAGGAAUUCUACCGACUGCUUUCAAAAAAGUGGGAGUCAGGCGCAAAAGUACUCGCUGGAGUCGGUGCCGACGAAGAGUGCAAACUGCCUGCAUUCACUGUUACCAAUCUUGGAAUACGGAUACGUCUUCCUCUUACGGAUUAUUAUGGCUGUCCAUCGAUCUUCCAGGUGGCAUUGACGUGCCGCAGGAAGAACAACUUGAUGCCGCUGACGAUUGAUUUGGCAGCCUUUGGACAUGUCUAUUACAGGUACUCCGGUGCAGACGGACCCAUACAGCCAUUUCCACGGAGCCAGAAACUGGACCUUGCAUACCAAGACGGGACUCCUCGUGGUAUCACAUUUAAGCUCGUUGAAACAACAGCCCUUCAUGGUUUCCGCCGCCGUCUCAUCUUCCCCCCGAACACGACAUGCGGAAAUGGUUCGCUCAAAUUGUCAAGCACCAAUCCCCUUGCAAUAGUGGUCUACGCUAAUGAUUCGAACACUUUCUUCGCCGUCGCAUGCGGCUACUGCUUUGGCCAGGACUGGGUGCACGUUAUUUGCGAUGAACCAAGGAACAAACUUCCUGCCAAUCCCGAGGAGAUUUACAAACGGAUUUGGAACAGAGGUGCGGAAUAUGCCCGCCUUAUGACUGAGGCGUGCUCUGGUAAAGUAGUUCAGCCUUACCACGUCAAACAUGGGUACCUCCUCGGCACCAUUUGGGCUAUCAGAAUUGCUUGCGGAGGAUGGGAGAAAUCAAACGAUCGCAUUGUUGCAGUUGAUGUCGUCGAAUUCCCGGGCGGUCGUUGCAAGACACUCACAUGGGAGCCCAUGUAUGGCACCAAAGGUCUUAUAAAGGCUGAAAUCCCUUGUCUCAUGAGAGAAACUUUAUGGUUCGGUGGCCGCCUUGACGAUCACCGGGUAGAGGGCACUCAUGAGGUAUUUUCCCUUGCUCCCAUACAACAAUCGAUCAAAGUGGGUGACUAUGGUGUCAUCGUCAGCAACAACACUGGGAAUUUUAAACGUCUAGGCAACAUCUUUGAAGAACAGGAGGCAUCCAACUUGAAGCUUAGGUUGUAUACUAAUGAUUUACCUCUCAAGCCCGUGGUCACGAGCAGGCUUGUAGCCUAUGGUACUUCUCUCCCGCGUCCCUCGGAAAACGCGGGGCUAAUUCUAAAUGAACCAAAAAUUAUCUCAUUCCUAAACACUCCACGUGUUCUUGAUCUGCUGAAACAGUUGUCUACUCGGAUGAGAGACUACUCAUUGGUGACAUCGGUAGUGCAAUGUUCAGCAUGCGCCCUCACCGAUGACUUCAGAGGACGGAUUAAGACCCAAAUGCGGCGAUACCCCGAAAGCUGGCAGGGUUACGCUCGUAAUGUCACGACUAACCCACAAACGGUCACUCCAUUGUAUACUAUUGCGACUCCGUGGGUUUGGUAUCAGGGUGAGCUAAACAGAGAUGUGGCAAGUGAAUACCAUGAGAUCAGGAAACGCUUUAACGUCAUAAAGAACUACCCACCAGCACACCGCAGCGAAUUCAGACAUGAAGCAAUGGAGUUCUUCAAGGCUAAAUUUGGUGUCGUGCACCUCGAAGAUCUUGUAGGCAACAUAACUUUCUUUGAACACCUGGCCUCGAUUUCAGGCAAGCACAUUCAAGGGCCAAAUACGACGUUCUUGGAUAGUUCACCAAGCGACCUGCCGAAAACCCUACAAGAAUCCCGUGGUAAGGAACUAGUGGUGGAGUUGGUUGGAGCGAUGAGAGGGGUCACACACUGUCGAGGAGACACGUGGCUCUCAGUAGUAACGAAGUUAGUGAGCACGAUGAAGAAGCUCACUAACACCCUUGCCCUCGAGUUCCUUGAGGAUAUUUGUAACACUUUCCCCGAAAAAGGGCAAUCACUUGACAGUUUUAUCAAGGAGAGAAAGAGUAACUACAACGUUGCUGACAGGUGAGUGGGUGUGUACCGCAGCAUGUUUGCCGUGCAAAAUGCUAUUGUAUAUGUACAGUAUUCGACCACUGGUGAAACAGGUGGAGGAUCUGCAUGACAAGUACUACAGAAUCAAGGAUUCUUCAGAGCAGCUAGCAGUGGAGGAAGAUAUUGUU